UACCUUUUCCCCAAAACGACUUUUUUUUUUUUGUUUUUGCUCUUCUCCAUACUUCUUCCCUACUGUCAAAGCUUUCACACACUCGCCCCUACAACUCUCUCUCUCUCUCUCUCAUCUUCUUGGUUUUCUGCUUCACAAAAGGUAAAGAUUACCCUUUUCUUCAAUCUUGUAGGUGUAUUUGCAACUGUCAUUUUCUUGAAAAAUGUUAGCUUUUCUUGCCUUCUUGCUUUUCAAUUUGCUAAAUUUUGGUGUUGUGAGUUCUGUAAAUGAAGAAGGGGUAGCUCUGUUAUCAUUCAAGAAUUCCAUGACAUUAGACCCUGAAGGAACUCUUAGUAAUUGGAACACCUCAGAUGAAACUCCAUGUUCAUGGAAUGGCAUUACAUGCAAUGAACAGAGAGUUGUAUCUCUCAGCAUUCCCAAAAAGAAACUCUCUGGGUUUCUCUCUUCCUCUCUAGGAUCCCUCUCUGAGCUAAGGCAUGUUAAUUUGAGGAGUAAUAGGUUGUUUGGGGGGUUGCCCUCUGAUCUUUUCAAGGCUGAGGGGUUGCAAAGUUUGGUUCUUUAUGGAAAUUCCUUUUCUGGGGUUUUGCCAUUUGAGGUUGGCAAUCUUGAUUAUCUUAUAACAUUAGAUUUGUCUGAGAAUUUCUUUAAUGGGUCAUUGCCAUCUUCACUGGUUAAGUGCAAGAGGUUGAGGAAUCUUGGUCUUAGGCAGAAUAAUUUUAGUGGCUCUUUGCCUAGUGAGUUUGGAAAGAAUUUGGUUUUACUGGAAAAACUUGAUCUUUCCCACAAUAGCUUUAGUGGUUCUAUUCCUGGUGAUUUGGGCUAUCUUUCUAAUUUGCAAGGAACUGUUGACUUGUCUUAUAACAAGUUUAACGGUUCGAUUCCGGCUAGUCUUGGUAACCUGCCUGAGAAGGUUUACAUUGAUCUCACUUAUAACAAUUUGAGGGGCCCAAUUCCUCAGAAUGGUGCUCUUGUAAACCGAGGACCUACGGCCUUUAUUGGGAAUCCGGGGCUCUGUGGUCCUCCGUUGAAGAAUCUUUGUUCGUCUGACAGUGAGGCGAAUCCACCUUCUUCAUUUCCAAACUUGCCUAGCAACUACCCUCCGGGGAAGAAUGGUGGUGGUGGGAGGGGUUUGACUAAGGCCAGCAUAGUUGCCAUCGUUGUUGGAGAUGUUGUGGGGAUAUGUGUGAUUGGGCUGCUGUUCUCUUAUUGUUACUCGAAGAUCUGUCGUUGUGGGAAGGGUAAGGAUGAGAGUGGCUAUGGUUUUGAGAAGGGGCAUAAAAGGUCAAAGGAAUGCUUGUGCUUUAGGAAGGAUGAGUCGGAGACAUUGUCUGAAAAUGUAGAGCACUGUGAUCUAGUGCCUCUCGAUGAGCAUGUGGCAUUUGAUCUUGAUGAGCUCUUGAAGGCUUCUGCCUUCGUGCUGGGUAAGAGUGGCAUAGGAAUCGUGUACAAAGUUGUGCUCGAAGAUGGAGUUAUCUUGGCUGUGAGAAGAUUGGGCGAGGGAGGUUCGCAAAGGUUUAAGGAGUUUCAGACAGAGGUGGAAGCAAUUGGGAAGCUCAGACAUCCUAAUGUAGUAACUCUUAGAGCUUAUUAUUGGUCUGUGGAUGAGAAGCUGCUGAUAUACGACUUCGUACCAAAUGGAAAUCUUGCUGCUGCUAUCCAUGGAAAGCCCGGUUUGGUAGCAUUCACGCCUCUUUCAUGGUGUGUGAGAUUGAAGAUCAUGAAAGGAGUUGCAAAGGGCCUAGUUUACCUGCAUGAGUGCAGUCCGAAGAAAUAUGUCCAUGGUGAUCUCAAGCCAUCGAAUGUGUUACUCGGGCAUGAAAUGGAGCCCAAAAUCUCAGAUUUUGGGCUCGGGCGGCUUGCUAACAUAGCUGGUGGCUCACCAACCUUGCAAUCCAACCGGAUGGUUUAUGAGAAGCCUCAACGAGGGCAGCAGAGCAGCUCGGCCUCAGAUGUUGCAACGUUCGCCUCAAAACCCUUGUUUGGCUCCUACUACCAAGCCCCCGAGGUAAUGAAAGCAGUGAAGCCGUCCCAAAAGUGGGAUAUCUACUCAUAUGGGAUGAUCUUACUUGAAAUGAUCACGGGCAAGACGCCAUUGAUCCAAGUUGGCACGUCGGAGAUGGACCUCGUGCACUGGAUGCAGCUAUGCAUCGAGGAAAAGAGGCCCGUCUCUGAUGUCCUGGACCCGAACCUGGCUCAGGAAGCUGACAAGGAAGAGGAGAUGAUCGCAGUUCUAAAGAUUGCAAUGGCGUGCACCUCAAGCAGCCCCGAGAAGAGGCCUUCGAUGAGGCACGUCUCAGACGCCCUAGAGAGACUACCGGCACCCUCAGAGUGUUGAAAUAGUAGAUUUUUGAGCUAGGUGAUCUCAUUGGAGCAACUUAAAUGAGACUAUUGUGAUGAAACAUGUCACAUUUCAGAUGAAAAAGUGUAUGGAAUCUCCUUUGCUCCAUGGCUAGGAAAAAGGUGUAGUUGAAGGUUAGGUCUAUUUUGAGAGCAUUGGUGGUGGUUGUGACUCCGUGUGUGUAAGAAUGCUGUGAUGUUAGUUGUCUUGUUCUUGCUCUUAUUGGAGACCUCAUUAUUUGUUUGUUGUCUGUUGUGAUUUUAGUCAGUUUGUCACUUUGUGUU